CGCCAUUACAACGGGAUGUUAAUCAUGCUUGUUGGCAUGAGUUAUCCCGGCGUACUAGUUUCCACUAAGGUCACUGGGAUGAUUCGGUGCUUCUUAUCGCCCCAACCUUGAUGCUUGUCUUAUCACUAAUGUGUCACGGUUAAAACGGGCGGGCUGAGGGCAGGGGGGCGGCGAGGACGAGCGGAAAGCAAAGUUAAUCUGUGUAAAUGCCGAGCAAAGAGUUGCCUUUGCUUCCGAAGGUGUCUAUAUUGAUCCCAGCGAGGGUGAUGAUUGGCCGGAUCCUCUUUGUCGGUGGCUUGGCAUCAGCCAGCCGCGGCACGGACCAAGUUUCGCGCUCGGUUGCUGAAUUAUUGCACUCUGCUUGUUGUAGCAUGAAUGAUCCUCGUGCGGCGAGUAGCGCGAGUGAGCAUCGUGUCGCUCGCCCCGAAUCCUCGCCUCGCUCCCCCUCCGCCUUCAUCCGCCCCUGCAACCGAGGGCAGACGAUUGCACGAGGGUUGCUGACCGAACCCAGCCAGCUCAGACGUACACACCCAGACUCUCUUCGUGUAUACAUCCCCACGCGUACACAAACACAUUUGCAGGCGCGCACACACAUACACACAGUUCACGCGAGUGGCGGGCUAGACGGGGACGCCGGCGCAACACCGCUGACAUGAGCACGGGCGGCACACGCGGCCACCACCACCACGCACGUGUGGACGCAUUCUUACCCGCGCUGCUGGAGGCGAGGCACCGCUCCCUCCCCUCUCCGCUGGCACUCACUGACACAUACGCCGACCCGCCUGGCACCGCCCCACGCGCUCACCCACACCUCCACCUGCACUUCUCCUGAGCGUACGGCACGUCAUCUCGGACCUGUACCUACCCGUGAGGCAACACCAUCUCCUUCUGUUGACCUCCGCCCGUGCUGGCCGGACUUGGUGCUUCCUGUGCCCCACACCCUCUACACGGUGUGUUGUAGCCAGAGGAUCAGAGGACCUUGGUGGUGUAUCGGGUAUCUUCCCGCCUUACGCAGCAACGUCACCUGCUGCUGUUGUUGCUGCCACGGCCCUGCUUCAGUUUGUUUUAACGUGCAGUGUCGAGUGUGUGUGAGUGGCACCAGCCAACACAUGGUCCCGCGCUCUGCCCACCCGCGUCCGUGCCACACCUGUGUCAGAUUCGUGCCUGCACUGGCUGAUCGAGGAUUCCUUCUGCAGCCUAAGGAAGUGUUUGCCAAUUCUGCGCACAGAACUUUGUGUAGUGAAUUAUACUGGUGAAGUGAAUGUAUCAGCCAUUCCAGUGACUCAAUAAAUACAAACAUUCAAGGGUACAGAGUUCAAGGUCGCGAGGACUGAACUUGGCCCGGAGACACCAAGCCUGUCUCACGAACCUAACCUUGCUGAAACCAGAGGUUGCAGUGUUGACAAGGGACUGGAACUGCAACUUAACAUUCCCACAUUGUGUGACAGCUAGUGAAGAGACCUAGUAAGUCGCGUGGCCCUGUGUAUGUUUACAAACCUUCACCGGUCGCAAGUGCCAGCAGGUGAAAGAGUUUUCUUGUGCAGAAGGAAAACUUGGGUGUCAGUCGUAGAGGUAAAAGAGACUUAGUGUCACAGAAGAUAGUAAGUCCGGACAAUUUAGAAGACGAGCCCCCGGUGGUUUUAAUGUCUUGCGAGCCUGGAGAUCAUGCGAAGAAUGUGCGACAAGGCGUUGUGUGAACCCCUGGUUUCAUCUUCAGUUGCCGGCAUGGAUGACAGCAACAGCCUCCCCUCACCCGACUACAAGACAUAUCCCCCCUACCACAUGGAACCAUCAGGCUCCCAUCCGGAAGGCGGUUCCGCGCCCGUGGACACAAAGCCCUCUUUCGAAGAGGUUUCGUCAUGCAACUUCGCGAGACCAAACGGUUGGGGCGAGGAAGCACCCGCCGUGGGCGACGUGAAACCCCAGGUGAGCAUCAAGCGGGAGGUCGUUGAGCAGGAGUCUCGCGAAGGCGAGUCCGAGGGAGGCCAGAGCGUCAUUCGCUGCGUGGACACCAGCAUGCCUCCUCCAGACGGUGUGUGCUAUGACCCUCGGUCCAGGCGUCCUUCAGGGGGAUUCGCCCGCCCUCUUGACGUGCCUCGCGCUGGGGACGUCAUCAGGAGUCACCACGGGUCCCGCUACAGGGAAGUCCGUCGGAUGAACGAGCAGACACGACCUGACCAGCCACGACCGCCAGAUCUCACUCGACAUGUCGAAUCCAUGAGGAUGACCGAUUGCCCGCCGCCGCCUCCCUCGUCCUCACCAUCCUCCUCCACCACACCCACUUCCUCGGCUGGGAGGCCUCGAGCCACAGGAAAGAAGGAACGCAAGAAAGAAGAAACGGACGAUGUGUCCAGCUCUAUCCCAGACUUAGGUAAGUUCCAGGCCGGACAUCACCAUAUGUUACCUGACACGUGAGUACCUUCUCCCCAUUGGUCCGUUGAAGGGUGAGGGGACGCAGAGGGGAAGUCGGAUGAAACAGUCCGUUUGAAUGAGGCAGCUGAUCGCCAUGCCAGAAAUAGCGGGUGUAAAAUGUAUCAAAAGGGUAUGAUGAAUCUCUCGAUGAAUUGGUUGAAUGAGAUCGGGGAAA